AUGGUCAACGGAAACAUUACCUUUGAUGACUACCUAGGUCUCCAGCAGUGCCUCGUCGAAUGGGCCGAUAGCUACGAUAGCAAGGAUUGGAGCAGAUUGAGGAAAUGUAUCGCCCCCACGCUGAGGAUCGACUAUCGUUCGUUCCUUGACAAACUGUGGGAAGCCAUGCCCGCCGAAGAGUUCAUCGCCAUGAUUUCAGACAAGGCCGUACUCGGCGACCCCCUGCUCAUGACCCAACACUUUAUCGGAGGCACAAAGUGGGAAAAGAUUAGCGACACCGAGGUCGUCGGCGUCCACCAGCUGCGCGUCCCCCACCAGAGAUACACGGACGAGACGCGGAGCACCGUCGCCGUCAAGGGCCACGCCCACAGCACAAACACCCACUGGUACCGCAAGGUCAAUGGCGAGUGGAAGUUUGCUGGUCUUUGCCCCGAGAUCCGAUGGGGCGAGUUUGACUUUGACAAGGUGUUUGCCAGCGGCCGUGAGGCUUUUGGUACCGAGGAUACCGCGGCUGAGGGUAUUUCGGCCAAGCACCAGCAGCAGCAGCAUGGCAGAGUGACUGUCUCUGCUGUCUGA